AUGAGUUAUUCCAAUAAGGAGAAUAUAGAUGAUACUCAGAUAUUGAUGGAUCAGGAGGAAGUGCUUGAAUUUGUUAAACAAUUGAAAACGAUGAACAAACAAUUUAUUAGUUAAAUCAAGCAACUGAUUCGAGAGAAAGAGAGAGUACAAAUAGUUGAUUUAGGAACUGCAAAGUCAGUUGCAAAGAAAGUAGCGAGUAGUUAUAACAGUAAGAGUUGA